GUUGUCUUUGCCUCCGUCGUCCCCUACUCACUGCAAUGGUUAGCUGCUGCUGAAGAAGACGUCCAAUGGCGUCGGGGCAGCAUUCGCGUCCCUUGCAGUGGCCGUGUCCAAUGAAACGACGUGUGCACCACCUACGACAAAGUGCAAGCCUCAAAAGCAUCACUUCGCCUGCUUCGGAUGGGUGCCGACUGGACACUGUUCUUUGUCGCUGUUGUUUAAUCUGCCACCCCUCCAUCCGGGUUCCGACAUUCUGUGACCAUCACCUGCUUGCAUCGGUCUUGCCUACUCUUUUUGCGCAAGGCCCUUGGUAGCGAUCGUCGUAUGGUUACGCUCGACGGAACACGUGUGUUCAUCCGUAGGCGCUUCGCGGCGGACUUCCUGGUAAACCAGCAUUGUCGACCCUACCUAUAUGUACCCUAACGCUUUCUCCGUUUGCAUCUCGUGAACUCUCGCUACUAACCUUCAAGCCAUAUCGCUCAAUCAUGCGCACUUCCUACGUGCUCGCCUUGUUGCUCGCGCCGUUGGCGGCACAAGCAGUCAACAUCGUCCUCUCCAACGACGAUGGAUGGGCAGAAAAGAACAUCCGCGUCUUCUUCGAUGCGCUCACGGCAGCUGGUCAGAACGUAGUCAUUUCCGCGCCGGCGGAGAACAAGUCUGGAACAGGUUCUUCAGAUGCAACGCCUUCGCCUGUUGGCAGCAGCGGUUGCGAAUUUGACUCGUGCCCCGCGAACUCACCCGCCAUUGGCUCGAACUCUUCGGAACCUCGCUUCAACUACGUCAACUCAUACCCCGUCACGUCCAUGCGCUACGGGAUACAAAACCUGACAAGUGUGCUUGGUGGGAGUGCGGAUCUGGCUGUCGCGGGAUUCAACGUAGGAGCGAAUGCAGGGGCAACAGUUUUGAUCUCCGGCACAGUAGGCGCAGCAACGGAGGCGUCGAAGUUGGGUGUGCCAGCCAUUGCCUUCUCCGGUAGCACCGGCUCACAGGUCGCAUGGAAUACGGCGACGCAAACGUAUCAGCAAGUUUAUGCCGAUCUUUCUACAAACGUUACGGACACACUGAUCAAAUCCGGAAAGCCAUAUCUGCCGGAUAACAUCUGGCUGAACGUGAACUUCCCAAAGGUUGACUCGAGCACGUGCAGCUCGACAAGCGAGUUCAAGUUUGUCUUGUCACGGAUAUACCCAGGUUUGGGUGGCGACGUGGAAACCUGUGGCGGAACCUCCCUUCCUUCUGAAUCCUCAGUUAUCGGUGCCAGCGGUUGCUACGCAAGUAUCAGCGUUGCAAACGCCGACACAAAGAGCGACGUAGACUCCUCGACGCAAAAGGUCGUCCUGGACAAACUUAGCAGCAUCUUGUCAUGCCUUCCGUAAGUACUAACAGCACAGCGCGCGAGCUUGGCACGUCCAGAGCCUCUUUCUAUGAAUAGCAUUUUGACAUAAAUCGUUGUACGUAGAACAAAUAGUACUAGUGCAUCUGCAUCGUCAACAUCGACAAGUUCGUCCACCUCAGCCAGUCACACUUCUGCGGGAAAUCAGAACGAAAUCAAAUUCGCUUCUUUCGCAACAGCGCUUGGGGCGUUCGCAUUUGGUCAAUUCAUCAUGUAAUGGAAUCUUGUCCGAGUUGUCUGCAAGCGGUGGGAUCUACACCGGGGAGAAGAGUCUGGCAAGUGAAUUCAGGACGGAGCUCCAGCACGUGGGAAACUCGAUCGGACAAAAUCAUCGAAAGAGGAAGGACAUUUCAGUUAUACUUGUAUCAUGCACGCACGCACACCCUGCCCAGCAUGGCUUGGCAGACCGAGAGCAAAGAGUCCCCUGCCAGGAAAAAAAAACAUAAAAGUGGGUGGAGGAAUAUACAACUGCAAAGCCCAUUAUUCACGAAUCAAUCUGAAUGGAGCCUCAAGCCAUGAAUGGCGAGGCAUCUGACAUUCUAUUCUAUGUUUAAGUCUUGGAGACACGCUGGCCAUUAAUGAGAGAAUGCUGUCUUUCCCC